AAAACAAUAAUAAAUAUGAUAAUAAUACCAAAAGGUCAUUACUUUCUGUUUUUCUUUUCAACAGGAUAUCGUGUAAAUAGUCAUUGUACUACAUCUACAUUCACUUCCUGUGUGCCCUGUAUUGACUCCACCUUCCUUGAUGAGCCCAGUGAUAAAACAACAUGCAACAACUGUACCACAUGUGAUCCAGGUUUGGGUUUGAAGGUAAAGCAGCCAUGUAGACCUUCAUCAGACACUGUCUGUGGGACACUGGAGGGGUUCUACUGUCUAGACCCAACUAAGGAUGGUUGUAGAGCAGCCCAGAGACACAUCAGCUGUAAACCUGGUCAAUACAUCAGUCACACAGGAACAACAUCUACAGAUACUGUGUGUGCUGACUGCCCUGGUAAAACUUAUUCAGAUGGAUCAUUAACAUCUUGUCAACCACAUACAGAAUGUAAAUUCUUGGAAAUUGAACCAGGAACUCCUUGGUUGGAUUCAGAAUGUGGAGUUUCCUCACUUCUCACAGCUGGAAUCAUAGCUGGUGUUCUAUUUUUCCUGAUAGGCACCAUAGCUGGUGUUUGUAUAUUUAUGAGGAGAAGAGAAAUAGGGAGAAAUAUAAAAAACUUGGGCUCUCAAAUACCUACACAGGCAUCCCCAGAUCAGGAAAUACCAAUGCUGUCUGGGGGAAACGAUUCAAGCCCCCGUCACAGUCAGGGAGUCAACGGUGUGUAAUCUGGCUGGUCCAGCCAUCUCUAGUAAAUCUUAACACUACAUGUUAAAUUUUAUAUUGUAGAAUCUGGUUGGUAUAAGGACCACUGUGCCUUUGUAUCACAUGGGGAUGUUUGAAACUUACUCCUCAGCCUGAACUGUUC